CUGUGUGAAGGUCGGUUCUGAGCUGAGGUUAGAUUGUGCAGAACAGUAUCUCGCCUGUCCUCCUCUCUCACCGUUAUAAUAUCCAGUCUGGGGAGAACAGGUGCGCACCGAGACAUUACGCAGCGUUAAAACCAAUCUUGGGCACAUUUAAUGGAGACUGGUCGUGUGUUUUCUGCAGCUCAACUGGGGGAUAAAAACCAUAUCAAGCAGUUCGAACAGGUACCACCACCACCACGCGAGGCUUUACUGGACGGACAGCAUCACACUGCGUUGUGUGGACUACUCUCUGCAUUGAGAUGGACUGUGUAACUUAACGUUGUGCGUUUUGCAGGAGCUUAUUGUUUAAUUUAGCCACUAUAAUUGUAAAUAUCUGGUCAUGUUGUCUGCGUUCAACACGUUGCAUGAGAGCGAGGCUGCAGCAGGUCACUGGUUCACUCCAUCCAUGGUUUAGGAUGACGCCUCUUGGUCACACCUGCUCGGUCUCCUCCCUGUUUCCUCCUCGCCAGCAGACCGAGCGCUCCUGAGCACUCGCCGCGACCCUCCCUUGUUUGGCUUUCCUGGCUGACGUCCCGGGGAGGUGAUGCGACGGUUUGCCUACUGUAAGGUGGUGCUGACCACCUCUCUAGUGUGGGUGCUGGUGGACGUGUUCCUGCUGCUCUACUUCAGCGAGUGUAACAAAUGUGACGAUAGGAAAGACCGCUCGCUGCUGCCUGCCCUGCGAGCUGUGAUAUCUCGGAGCCAUGAGGGUCCGGGGGAGAUGGGCAAGGCGGUGAACAUCCCCAAGGACAACCAGGAGAAAAUGAAGGAGCUCUUUAAGAUCAACCAGUUCAAUCUGAUGGCCAGCGACAUGAUCGCGCUCAACAGGAGUCUGCCGGAUGUGAGGUUGGAUGGCUGUAAGACCAAGCUGUAUCCAGACGACCUGCCAAACACCAGCAUUGUCAUCGUGUUUCACAACGAGGCGUGGAGCACGCUGCUGCGGACAGUUCACAGCGUCAUCAACCGCUCUCCCAGACACUUGCUAGUGGAGAUCGUGCUAGUCGACGAUGCCAGCGAGCGAGACUUCCUGAAGAAGAAGCUGGAGAACUAUGGGCGGACUCUGGAGGUGCCAGUGAGGAUCCUGAGGAUGGAGCAGCGUUCAGGUCUAAUCAGAGCCCGGUUGAGGGGGGCGGCCGCCACCAAAGGUCAGGUCAUCACCUUCCUGGACGCUCACUGCGAGUGUACCGUCGGCUGGCUGGAGCCUCUGCUGGCGCGCAUCAAAGAGGACAGGACAGCAGUGGUGUGCCCUAUCAUCGAUGUCAUCAGUGACGAGACGUUUGAAUACAUGGCCGGCUCAGAUAUGACCUAUGGAGGAUUCAACUGGAAGCUGAAUUUCCGCUGGUACCCAGUUCCCCAGCGGGAGAUGGAUCGACGCAAGGGGGACAGGACGCUGCCUGUCAGGACUCCCACCAUGGCAGGAGGAUUAUUCUCUAUAGACAAAUCAUACUUUGAAGAAAUAGGAAGCUACGAUCCAGGGAUGGAUAUCUGGGGCGGAGAGAACCUGGAAAUGUCUUUUCGAAUCUGGCAGUGCGGCGGCUCGUUGGAGAUCGUAACAUGUUCACACGUGGGCCAUGUUUUCCGGAAGGCCACCCCGUACAGUUUCCCCGGAGGAACGGGCCAAGUCAUCAACAAGAACAACAGGCGCCUGGCUGAAGUCUGGAUGGACGAUUUCAAAGAUUUCUUCUAUAUCAUAUCACCAGGCGUGAUGCGCGUGGACUACGGAGACGUUUCCUCCCGUAAAGACCUCCGCGAGGCCUUGAAGUGCAAACCGUUCUCCUGGUAUCUAGAGAACAUCUACCCAGACUCCCAGAUCCCGAGAAGAUACUACUCACUUGGUGAAAUCAGAAAUGUUGAGACCAACCAGUGUGUGGACAACAUGGGAAGAAAGGAGAACGAGAAAGUUGGCUUCUUCAACUGUCACGGCAUGGGUGGAAACCAGGUGUUCUCUUACACGGCGGAUAAAGAAAUUAGGACGGACGACCUCUGUCUGGACGUCUCCCGCCUCAACGGACCCGUCGUCAUGCUCAAGUGUCACCACAUGAAGGGCAAUCAGAUGUUCGAGUACGAUGCUGAGCGACUCACCCUGCUGCACGUGAACAGCAACCAGUGUUUGGACAUGCCGUCUGAGGAGGACAAGAUGGUCCCCACCCUGAGAGACUGCAACGGCAGCCGCGCUCAGCAGUGGCUGCUCCGUAACAUGACCCUGAGCGUCUGAUCCCUCGCCUCACCUCUCUCUCCCCCCACCCCACCGCUCUGUCCUCAUACUAACCGGUCCUGGCUCUCCACGCCCUCGCCAGGUGGCUCUUACCACAGCACACCAUACGCCUCUUCCUGUGACAGCCUGGAAUACAGAGAUCCAGGCAGCAGCGGCUUAUCUUCCAUUAUGGAGGCGUCUCCUUUUACAGCAGGUCUGAGAGAAGCUGCACCUGCCGCUGAGGCGACACGACGAGCCGUCGUGGCUUUGGGGACCUCGUCGUGUCCGAGCAGGGAGAACGAUGUGUGAGGUCUGUGCAUGGACAACAUUGAAAUCAAAGCACUCACACUGUGUCAGCCAGCUGCUAGCCGUGCAUCCACUGCGCUGCUCAGACUGCCGCUUAGCUGCUUGUCAAACUAUUAAACAGAAGAGCAUCUAUAACAAGAAUGUUGCAAGGCACGUCUCUGCGAUGGUCCGCACUGUAAUUGACCUUCCUUUUGCUGUGUACACGCACUGGUGUCCACUGUAGGUGCAAUCUAAAAACAAGACAGGUGUUGUCAUGACUGCUGCUCAUCCUCUCUCCAUAUCAGUGUCUGAGUUACAUUCAAACAACAGGAAGUGAUGUCGUUAAUAGAGCCCGACCAAUACUGGAUUUGUGAAGCCGAUGUUGAUAUUUGAGGGUUAAAACAUCUGAUAACUGUAUGUGCACUGAUAUUUGGUUUUAAUGUCUAAUUUUGAAUUCUCAUCAAUUUUGGUGCAAGGAAAUGUAAACUAUAAUGAUAUUUCAACUAUUGUGUAUAUUUUUCAUUUUUAAAAAAAAGGGUUAAACACUUUGCAGACAUAGUUGUAGAAACGUUGUCUAAGCUUGGCGCCUCUGGGUGGGCGUUUCCCACGCCAGCUGGUGACUGACAUACACGUCGUCAAUGUCCGUGGUGCGCUGCUGAUUGAGGAACGUCAUAAUCAUUUUCUCUCUUUUUAACAAGCCCACAUAAUGUUGGCUAUCAACCUGAUUUAAGACGUCUGUAGGAUCCAGUUUUUUGUAGUUAGAGACAAAAUAAGUACACAAGUCAAAACAAAUACAAAGGAUAUAUUUAAAAACUGAAUUAUUUCAGUUUGACUUGAAGCAUGCUUUAUCAGGAUUCCUUAAACUUGGUUAUUAAAGAACAUAUACUAAAGUUUACUUAUCAGUGCUCUCUGGUGGACAAACUUAACCUUGCACCGCAUUCUCGCGAUGUCAUGAGCUCACGCGAGAAAAACACGGGAUCUAAUGUCACACGAAAAUCCAUCUUGUCAGGCGUCAAGUAAUGUGUUUGUGUCCGGCUCUCCAGACAACGGACCAAUCGGCGUCCUGUGAGGAGAUACUGCAGCUACGGGCGUGGUUUAUGUGUGUGUGAGACAACGCGGAGAUGCGACUGUUAGUUCUAAACAACAAUGACAGCUCCUAAAGAUGCUGCAAUAGCAUCAGUUAUAUCAGAACUGGAGAGUAUUUAUUCAUCGAAAGAAGGCGAUGUUUCGCUUUCGUUAGUUUGAUUGAGAGAUGGUUCAACCAAUCACCUGCUAAGUAAUUUUUGAAAGUGCCUGCCCUUUUCCAGACAGUUUCCAAUGACGGCUUCUCAGAUGGUUCUGUGAAACAAACUUUCUGACAGGGUCAGGUUAGGACAAAAUAUGUAAUGUACACACUGACUAUAAAGCAAGGAACUGUUGUCUGUAUGUAUGUGUGUCCUUCGCAUAUCUCGAAAACCGUCCAUCCGAUCUACUUCACACUUGGCGGGUGUAUUGCUGGGGACCCAAGGACGUGCAGUGUCGAAGUUGGUGCAAUUUCGACACACGACACUUUAAAUAUUAAUAGAUUUUGAAGCAUUAGCGCUCUGUGCCGCAGCGGGGGUGGGGUUUCAGGUACCUGUUCUGUACCACAGUUUCAUGCAGAUAAUAAUAUAUCUGUGAUAAGCUAAUAUCGGCUGAUUUAUUGGUCGGGCUCUAGUUGUUAAGGUGGAUUUCUUGAACUGUUGGGGGAAAAAAAAUUAACCUGAAGAUUUCAAACCAUCAGUGAGUGCAAUGAAUAGAGUGCAGCUAUGACAUCCUCCUGGAUUAAUCACAUAAUGUUCCAUAUUAGUGAAACAGGACUUACAGUAUGGAAAUGUGAGGCAGCUCUUUGGAUCUGUACGGAGGUUUAUUUAUAACAGAAGAAGAAAUGAAAGAAGUGGCUGCCGGAAAGGAAGCAGCAGGUAAUCAAGACUCUGCUUUAAGUAGAGGUAAUUGAUUUUGAAUGAAUGUAAAGAGUCACGAAAUGACAUCGACUGUGUUCUGAAAUACUUUAACUGCACUGUGUUAUCAAUAUUUCAGAUUCCAGCUACCAACAUGUUGAGAAAUCACAAGGUCUUGGAGCCGGAUAGUUACGUGUGCCUUUAGAAAGUUGGUUCAUUGGUUUUUUAGAAAAUGUUUGAUUUAUUUUGGUGUUGAAAAAGAGGAAUGUUAAAUCUUUUUUUCAUUUCCAGUAAAGAAAACAACUGCAUAUUGAUAUUAAAGAAUUGUCAUAUCUCAUGAAUAUGUCAUAUUAAUGCUUGGAUCAAACAUUUAGUUACAGUAAAGUCAGUAUAUCAACACUCACCCAUACAAAUGUGACCUCUCACUACAUUGUUGAUGAGGAUCAGGCAACAAAUGUUAUUGUACAUAAUGCUGUAACAUGUUUCUAUCACCAUUGUUGUUGUUGUACAUACAGAACCAAUUAUUUUUCUAAGAUGCUGUAAAACUUGAACACUCCUCUGAGGAAAAAGACAUUGAAUGGUAAACAGAUCACGAGGUAUUGCAGUGUUAUUAUUUGGAAUCGUGGUAAUAAAAACCAGUGCUUACCUUGGAUUUUGAAAUUGCGGUGUGUUUUGGAUAUCAUCAUCGGCCCCACGAAACCAAUUCUCAGACCACCUAAAGGACCUCAGGCGGGCGUACAUGAGGGAGCGACUAAUGGGGGAAUACUAUCAAUGCUGCUUGAAUACCGAAUCCUUGCCAAGUGCCUGCUUGGCAUUCAGACUAAAAUUCAAUCACCUCUUUCGUAUUACGCACACACAUUUAUUGUUUUUCAUUAUCUUAAAGUGCAUGGUGUUAAAAUAGGAAUGUAAUGUUUCAAUGUACUGGUUGCAAAGUGAUGUUACCUGUUUGUACAUUUUGCCUUUUUUUUGUAGAAAAAAAACAAACCAACUUCGACUGAACAUAGCAUUAAUUUCAGUGUCAAGCAAGCAUAUCACACCAAUCCAUCAGUUGUUUAAUAAACCUUGUUCUGGAAGCUU